AUGGCAGUCGAAAUCGUACAAUUUGCCUAUCUCCUGCAGACAAACGAAGCCACAUCACAAUGGAGCUGGCUAUGUCAAAGCUACAAGGAAUGGUAUGUCGCUUUUAUCCUUUCCGAACUGUGUUUCCAUCCUCUGAAUCCCGACACCGACCACGCGUGGGACAUCGUCAGUAAAAUGUAUGAGUUAUGGCAGCGGGGUAUCCCACACACUGAUGCCGUUCUUCACAAGCCUCUGGACCGGCUCAUGCAGCGCACAGCUGCGUCACGAGAGACUAAGAAGCUGCAACAUAAGCGAGAGCCCCCUGUUCAGGAAAACCUGCCUUAUUCGGUUUCUCUGGGAUUCGGGGAGCAUACAAUCUCGAGUUGGAUGCAGUUCCGGAACAGUCCGGUCUGGACUGGCUUUCUGGAUCCUGAUCCUUCUUUUAAGUUGUUAUCCUGA